AUGGCAGACUCGAAGCAGGACGCCAAUCCGCUGCCCCCCGUUUACUCGUCGACGGCCGAUCGGCCCCCACCGUCGACCUCCACAUCCACAUCCAGCCCGGGCCUCCUCUUCCAACAGCAGCAGCAGCACCUUGCCAUAGACUACACCCAGUAUCGAAUCGCAGGUGCCGUCCUGCAAGAUGACCGCGUGGCGGUGGUAACGCGCGACGAACGCUUCAGCUGCGAUCCACACGCCCUCCUGCAGCUGAUGCACGAGCAGGCGCAUCUGCCCCCGAAGUUACUCCUGCAGAUACGCGGAUCGCAUUCCGUCUAUGGCGAGGUCAAGAGCGACUUCGAUCUCACCCUCAACCUGCUCCCGCUGCUGGUUUCGGACAGCGAACGCUGGUCGUAUCGCAAGCUCGACGGGGGCAGGAUCUCUGCCAACGGUGAACCGGUUCCCACGGCCGGAGCUGCGCCGGCGGAGUUGGAGAAGCUGGUCGUGCAGUACUGUGAGGAUCCCGCUCCGGUGAAAAGCUUCUCGCUCAAGCGCCGCGUGGUCAACUUCGACCAAGGCAGCCUGGAGGGCCUGAUCCGCAACACGAUCGCCACGACGCGGUACCGGGGCGCCCUGGAUAUCAGCUUUCCCGCCACCUUUGCAGAGGUGGUCGUCCAGCAGGGGUCGCCCAGGAUCUCAUUCAAGGACCUCUUCUACUGGAGCGCACAGCCCCCUGCAAAAAGGGACCCCACGAAGCGCUACGAGUGCAUCGAGGUAAUCUGGCCGUUCGCAAAUGUGCCAGCCAAUGAGGCCGGACGACGGUGUGCUGUGCAGAGCGAGCAGGACUGGUGGGCCGGCUGGAGGGACGCGGUGCGAAGCGCUGUCCUCGCCAGAAGACACGGCAAUGUCACCAUGGAGGAACGUGUGGAUGUUGCGAUGGGGGUGGCCUUGCCUGAGCCGGGCAAGGACUGGGGUGUUCCAAAGUGA